GUGAUUGGGCGCGUCCGUGUAUUCGGGGCUGUGGGCACUUCCGGUGCGCUAGUGGCUCUCUCUGCGGGAGGAUGGGAGUGUUUGAGUGGCUGUGAUCAGGGGGGAACCCGAACGAGGACGGGAGGAGGAGAAGCGACAGGGGAACGGGGAGUAGCCCGGCAGGAUCUGUGCAAGUGAAAUGACUGAAUAUAAACUUGUUGUGGUCGGUGCUGGAGGCGUGGGCAAGAGUGCUCUGACCAUCCAGCUCAUACAGAACCACUUUGUUGAUGAGUAUGACCCCACUAUUGAGGACUCUUACAGGAAGCAGGUUGUGAUAGAUGGUGAAACAUGUCUCCUGGACAUUCUGGACACUGCAGGUCAAGAAGAGUAUAGUGCUAUGAGGGAUCAGUACAUGCGAACCGGAGAGGGAUUUCUGUGUGUCUUUGCUAUUAAUAACACAAAGUCCUUCGAGGAUGUCCACCAUUACAGAGAACAGAUCAACAGAGUAAAAGAUUCUGACUAUGUCCCUAUGGUAUUAGUUGGUAACAAAUGUGACCUUCCAUCACGGACAGUGGACACAAAACAAGCACAGGAGCUAGCAAAGAGUUAUGGGAUUCCAUUCAUAGAAACCUCUGCCAAAACCAGACAGGGUGUUGAAGAUGCAUUCUACACCCUUGUCCGUGAAAUCCGCAAGCACAAAGAGAAGAUAAACAAUGGUAAAAAGAAGAAAUCCUCCAAGAGAAAGUGUGUCAUUCUUUAAACAAAGUGCCAUCCUUACAGAGCAACACUAGUGACAGCACAAGCUGCUUGCCAGCUCAAAGCAGCUGGGGUGCGUGGACUUUAGUAAUGCAGUGGAGUGGGAAUAAUUGCCAAAAAGUCAAGUUUCUCUUAAAUAAUUUUUUUGUAUUAUAGGAAAUGCAUAACCCAGAUGUGGGGGUGGGCUAGGAUCUGACUACAGAAAACUCUUGCAUAGAAAUGAAAAGACAAAUCAAGUCCAAAUGUUUAUUAAACAGACUAUUGCAAUAUCCUCAGUACCUGUCAGCCAAGUAAGGACCUCCCCUAGUUAUUUAACUUGUCCUGGGGAUAUGCUCUUGUGUGAAAGAUGCCCUGACUUUUGCCUAUGAAAUUAUUUUAAUAAACACUGAACCGGUCAGCAGUAUUUUAAAUGGGCAAGAAAAAAAAAAUUCUAGGAAUUUUUAUAAAUGAUGAAACCAGUCAUGAAUAUUGUGUGACAAUGCUAGUAAGAAAUAAAGAAUUUUAAUAACUGAUA